AUGGCGAGCAACGGCGUCAAUGUCGCGCAGGGCGAGCCGACCAAGGUGACCAUCCUGGGCAAAGACUCGAUCGUCGUCGACUACGGCAUCUGGCAGAAUUACAUCGCCCAGGACCUGCUUACCAACAUUCCCUCGUCGACGUACGUCCUCAUCACCGACACCAACAUCGGCCCUCUCUACACGCCCACGUUCGAGCGCGCCUUCGCGUCGGCCGCAUCUUCGCUCUCGUCCUCCCCACGCCUCCUCACCUACCAAAUCGCGCCCGGCGAGACGUCCAAGUCGCGGAAUACGAAGGCAGCUGUAGAGGACUGGCUGCUGUCGCAAGGAUGCGUGCGCGACACCGUCAUAAUAGCACUAGGCGGAGGCGUCAUUGGGGACAUGAUAGGCUAUGUCGCGGCGACGUACAUGCGCGGCAUCAAGUUCGUCAAUGUGCCUACCACAUUGCUGGCCAUGGUCGACUCGAGCAUAGGUGGCAAGACGGCCAUUGACGUGCCCGCGGGCAAGAACUUGGUCGGCGCCUUCUGGCAGCCCGAGAGGAUAUACAUUGAUUUGCAGUUCCUCGAGUCGCUGCCCAAGAGGGAGGUCGUUAACGGCAUGGCAGAGGUGGUCAAGACGGCGGCAAUCUGGAACGAGGAGGAAUUCACAACACUCGAGGGCAAUGCAGACGCCAUCCUGGCUGCGAUUGACCAAAAGCCCGUCAAUGGCCGCAAGAACUUCGACAAGAUCGCCAGCAUACUGAAGCGCAUAGUGCUGGGCUCAGUACGCGUCAAGGCCGAAGUCGUCUCGGCGGACGAGCGCGAAGGCGGCCUGCGCAAUCUGCUCAACUUCGGACACUCGAUCGGACACGCUUACGAAGCCAUCCUCACACCCCAGAUCCUCCACGGAGAGUGCGUCGCGAUAGGAAUGGUCAAGGAGGCCGAAUUGGCCAGAUACCUGGGUGUACUGGAUCCCUCCGCAGUCGCGCGCUUGACAAAGUGCAUCGCGAGCUACGGACUGCCCACAUCGCUAGCGGACAAGACGGUGCGGAAAAGGUCGGCCAACAAGCAUUGCCCUGUAGACGAGCUUAUCAAGAUUAUGGCUGUGGACAAGAAGAAUGCAGGCAAGACAAAGAAGAUCGUGCUUUUGUCAGGCAUUGGCCGGACGCACGAGAAGAAGGCUAGCUCGGUCGAAGAUCGCGACAUCAGAAUCGCCCUCUCACCGAGUAUAUCUGUUCACCCUGGUAUCCCGUCCGACCUGAACGUGACCUGCAGACCUCCAGGAUCCAAGAGUAUCUCCAACCGAGUCCUCGUACUUGCUGCGCUUGGAACUGGCUCGUGUCGCAUCACCAACUUGCUGCACUCUGACGACACACAAGUCAUGCUAGACGCGCUGGCAAAGAUGCAGGGUGCUAGUUUCGCGUGGGAGAAUGACGGCAAGGAGCUAGUCGUCACCGGCAAUGGCGGUAACCUCAAAGCGUCGAGCAACGAACUCUACCUCGGAAACGCUGGCACCGCUGCGCGUUUCCUGACUUCCGUAACUGCACUGUGCCAGCCCGUCGAGGGCGUGACUUCCACAGUAGUCACCGGCAACGCGCGCAUGAAGGAGCGACCCAUUGGCCCGCUGGUCAAGUCACUUCGUACUAUGGGCGUCGAAAUUGACUACCAAGAGAAUGAAGGCAGCUUGCCGCUGCGAAUCUCUGCAUGUGGUGGCUUUGGUCCGGAUUCCUUCACGGGCGAGAUUGAGCUUACUGCCAACGUGUCGUCGCAAUACGUAUCUUCUAUCCUCUUGAGCGCGCCAUACUCCAAGAAGCCAGUAACACUGCGCCUGGUUGGUGGCAAAGUCAUCUCCCAACCAUACAUCGAUAUGACCAUCGCCAUGAUGGCUUCUUUUGGUGUGCAAGUUGAGAGAUCCCAAGAUGAUCCCAACACCUACCAUAUCCCCAACAAGCCCUACACUAACCCCACCGAAUAUGAGGUGGAAAGCGAUGCUAGCUCUGCUACCUACCCUCUCGCCAUCGCGGCUAUAACAGGUACGACGUGCACGGUGCCCAACAUUGGCUCAGGCUCCCUGCAAGGUGAUGCGCGAUUCGCUGUUGAGGUUCUAAAACCUAUGGGCUGCAAGGUUGAACAGUCCGAAACCUCUACAACGGUCACUGGCCCGCCUCGCGGCGAGUUGAAGGCAGUCAAGGAGAUCGACAUGGAGCCCAUGACCGAUGCUUUCCUCACAGCAUCCGUAUUGGCCGCAGUAGCAUCAUCAAAUGGUAGCACAACCACCACCCGCAUCUAUGGCAUCGCGAACCAACGCGUCAAGGAAUGCAACCGCAUCCAAGCCAUGGAAGAUGAGCUAGCCAAGUUUGGUGUCACUUGCAGACAAUUUGACGAUGGUAUUGAAGUUGAUGGAAGGGCUUAUGAGCUCGAAGCUCCUAAGGUCGGUAUUCACUGCUACGAUGACCAUCGUGUCGCCAUGAGCUUUGCUGUGCUCUCAUUAGUAGCCCCAGCGCCCGUUCUCAUCCUUGAGAAAGAAUGUACCGGAAAGACAUGGCCUGGAUACUGGGACUCCCUAAGCCAAAUCUUUAAGACCGAGCUUUCAGGUGUGGAGCUACCGCCAAGGCCAAAUGCACACAAGGCAGCGUCGAAGACUGAACAAAAGUCGAUCUUCAUCAUCGGAAUGCGCGGCGCUGGCAAGACAACCGCUGGUGGCUGGGCAGCGCGUGCGCUCGGACGUCCCUUCGUUGAUCUGGAUACUGCACUCGAGGAUCAUGUGGGUAUGACAAUACCUGAGCUUAUCAAAACACAAGGAUGGGAAGGCUUCCGGAGCGAGGAGCUGAAGCUCCUGGCCCAAACUGUCAAGGAGAAGCCUAAUGGACAUGUCUUCGCCUGUGGUGGUGGAAUAGUCGAGACGCCUGAAGCCCGCAAGAUCCUCGUCGACUAUCAGAAGAGUGGCGGUAUAGUACUACUUGUCACGCGUGAUAUCAACAAGGUAGUCGCCUUCUUGCAGAUCGAUAAGACACGGCCAGCAUACGUAGACGACAUCAUGGGCGUAUGGCUGCGGAGGAAGGACUGGUACACGGAGUGCAGUAACUAUCGCUUCCACAGUCAGGUUCCGGGAUCUGGUGGGCUCGCUCAGACGCAAGGAGAAAUUGCCCGUUUCUUGAACACCAUCACUGGCAAGGCCACUACGUUGAAGGGUCUCAAGAAGAGGAAACACUCUUUCUUCGUCUGCUUAUCUGCACCCCGACUUGAGCCUUGCAUCAAGACUCUACCAGAGAUAGUAGUCGGAUCGGAUGCUGUUGAGCUCAGAGUCGACUUGUUGGAAGACCCGAACGGGCAAGAAGGUCUGCCAACACCAGAGUUCGUGAUCGAGCAACUGACAAUACUGCGGACCGUAACAUCGAUACCUAUCAUAUUCACCUUGCGAACAAAAGCACAAGGCGGGAGAUUCCCAGACCAGGCAUACGAUGAGGCCCUCGUGCUUUACCGGACAGCAUUGAGACUUGGUUGUGACUUUGUAGAUUUGGAGAUGACCAUGCCAGAAGACAUCCUGCGCGAGGUUUCCGACACUCGCGGAUACUCAGAGAUCAUCGCUAGCCAUCACGACCCCAAAGGCGAGCUCAACUGGAGAAACGGCUCGUGGAUGCAGUACUACAACCGCGCGUUGCAGUACGGUACUGUCAUCAAACUUGUGGGCGUCGCCAAGUCGCUCGAGGACAACUAUGCGCUUGCAGAGUUCAAGAGCUGGGCGAACACCGCGCAUCCCGUCCCCCUGAUCGCCAUUAACAUGGGCGAGCACGGUAAGCUGAGCAGGAUACUUAAUGGCUUCAUGACACCGGUUUCUCAUCCCCUUCUGCCCUCGGCUACCGCACCAGGUCAACUAUCUGCAGGAGAUAUUCGGCGAGGCUUGUCGUUGAUGGGCGAGAUUUCGACGAAGAAGUUCUUCAUCUUCGGCUCACCAGUGGCACAAAGCCCUAGCCCGCGUCUCCACAACAAGCUGUUCGGUGAAACUGGGCUCCCGCACAUCUACGGCCGCCACGAAACUAUGGAUGUAAGCUCCGUCAAGGACAUCAUCCGUUCGCCAGACUUCGGUGGAGCUAGUGUGACAAUCCCGCUCAAGCAGGACAUAGUACCUCUCCUUGACGGUUUAGGCCCGGAAGUUAACGUAAUCGGUGCGCUCAACACUAUCGUUCCCGAGAGCUCCGUCGACGAAGCCAGCGGUGAAGAGGUCGUCCGUCUAAUCGGUCGCAACACCGACUAUCUAGGCAUGAUGCUCAUCCUCCGUAACGCCGGCGCUCAAGGCAGCGGUUCUGCCCUCAUCAUCGGCGGCGGCGGCACAAGUCGCGCUGCCAUCUACGCACUCAAGGAAAUGGGCUACGGACCAAUCUACCUCCUCGGCCGCAACCCCUCGAAGAUGGAGACCCUCAAGAACGCCUUCUCAUCAGAAUACAACCUACACGUCAUCGGCUCCCCAGAAGAAGUCCAAUCUAUGGAAAGCACGCCACAGGUCGCUAUCGGAACCAUCCCCGCUGACCAACCCAUCGACGUCGCCAUCCGCGAAACGCUUUGCACCUUGUUCGAGAAGGGCAAGGCGAGCGUCAAGGACGUGGAGCCAGGUCCAGAAAGGAUACUGUUGGAGAUGGCUUACAAGCCCCCCGUGACAGCCUUGAUUCAGCUUGCGAUGGACAACGGGUGGAAGACUGUUAAUGGUCUGGAAGUUUUGGUCGGACAGGGUGUGCACCAGUUUGAGUACUGGACUGGUGUCAAGCCGCUGUAUGCGGUUGCUAGGGAUGCUGUGAUCAACCAAACGGACUAG